AUGGCUUAUACUUCUAGCUCUUGUUCUUCCUCUUUCUUCCUCCUCCUCCUCCUCCUCCUCACCCUCUUCCUCUCCAUCUUCUCCCACCACCAUCUUCACCCAUCUCUUUUUGCAGAAGCAGCUGAUCCAGCGUUGAUCACUGGCCUCUGCAAGAACACAAAGGAGCCACCAGUCUGCCAAGCCUGCCUGAAAAAUGGCCCCUCCGACGUGCCAUCACUGGCCAAGGUGGCCACUGGGUGUGCCAGGGUCACCAUCCACUCCUUCUAUGACCUCUCAUCUAAGAUGGCUAGGAGCACCCCACCUGGAGAACUGAAGGAUGUGCUUGAUGACUGUGCCAUGAACUCCUCCUUGGCUGCAGACGAGCUUGAUGGGCUGAUUGAUUUGAUUGACUCAAAAGAUUAUCGUUCUGCUAUUGAUUACAUUCCAAGCCAAGUAAACCAUUUGGUGGAUUAUUGCUUCAACAACUUCUACAUGCAUCCAAAGCUGACCAUGCCCAAGCAGCUCUAUGAUGCUGCAGCGAAUUCUGAUAGGGAUCUCAAUACUAUUUCUGCAAUCUUGUCUACUCUUGUUUGA